UUCAGAUGUUCCGAGGUUGUAAACAGGAAGACAUGCCUCCACAUGUGUAUGCAUCGGCUCAGAUUGCGUAUCGCAAGAUGCAGACGACGGGCAUUGACCAGUCGAUUGUAUUUGUGGGGAGGAGUGGCAGUGGGAAGACCACCAAUGCUAAGCAUGUGCUACACUAUUUAGUGACAGCCGCAGGCAGCAUCAAUAAUGUAGUCACAGUGGACAAAAUCAAUGCGGCCUCCAUCCUGCUAGAGGGAUUUGGUAACAGUAAAACUAUCAUGAACACUAAUGCCACACGCUACUCACAGAUGACCUCUCUGGACUUUGAUGUGUCUGGCCAGGUAGCAGCAGCCUCUAUACAGGUUUUGCUGCCAGAACGCUCUCGUGUUGUGAGAAGACCAGAAGGAGAGCCAACCUUCCACAUCUUCUACCAGAUGAUUGCUGGGGUGGAUGGGAUGUUAAGGAGUGAACUUCAUCUCCAGAACCUUGAGGAAUACAACAUUUUCAUGACUCCACUGCAGAGGACUGAAGACCAGCAGAAAGCCACACAGCACUGGGCAAAGAUUCUCCAGGCCAUGCACAUUCUGGCAUUUAGUGAGGCUGAGUCCAAAGCCAUCUUCAGUGUGCUAGCUGCCAUAUACCACCUGGGAGUGGCUGGGGCUAUGAAAGGUGUAAACAACCGGCACCACUUUGCCAAGCCAGCCUCAGCCCAGAAGGCUGCCAGUUUACUGGGGACCACAGUGGAGGAGCUGUCCAGGAAUAUCUUCAGUCCUUCCACUGGUUCUCUCCCUAGGGCAUCCUUCAGAGCGUCCCCAGUUGGAGAGAGGAGUGGAGACAUCACAGUGUCAGCCCUGGAGGCCUUGGAGGGUUUUGUUAUAGGAUUGUAUGCUGAGGCCUUUAAUGCUGUGGUCUCCCUCAUCAACAGGUCCCUGUCCUCCAAUUACCGUACCCGUACCUCCAUCACCAUCCUGGAUACCCCGGGGUUCCAGGUGCCUGCCAGCUGUGGGAGGCAGACAGGUGCUACAUUUGAAGAACUGUGCCAUAACUACAUACAAGAGAGGCUACAACUGCUGUUCCAUGACAACACCUUCACCUCCCAGCAGGACAGGUUUGCUCAAGAAAACAUAGACUGUGACUUUGAUGCCAUGUCCUCAGCCAAUCCUGCAGCUCUGGUGGAAGCAAUAGACAGGCAGUCCACCCAGAGUAUGGUGCGAGCCUCUAAUAAUGAUCUACGUGACUAUGAGCAGCGCGGACUGCUGUGGCUGCUGGAUGAAGAAGCCAUCUUUCCCGGCGCCACAGACGACUCCUUCAUGGAGAGGCUUCUCAUGCAUCACGGAGAAGGACAAGAGAAACGGAAAAAGAGACGAACAUCUGCCAUGACUGACCACCUGCUGACCAAGGGUUCAGCUAACAACAGUUUUGUCCUGCAGCACAUGAGGGGCACCACUCCAGUCCAGUAUAACACCACAGGCUGGCUCAGGGUGUGCAGGGAGAACCCCGUCACCAAGAUGGCCAGCCAGGUGCUUCUGGACUCACAACAACCUAAUAUCACCCAGCUAUUCUCCACCAUUCGUGGCCCCAUCUCCACAGUGAUCACAGGUUCUGUGGCUGGGAUAGAGGGCAGCACUGCACUGCGUAGAGUGUCCAGCAUCAGGCGUGGCUAUGUCAGUGGAACAGCAGGACUCAAAAGAAAAUCCGUCUGCUUGCAAGUUAAAUUUCAAGCGGACUCUGUGAUUGAAACCAUACGCCGCAGCCAGCUCCAUUUUAUCCACUGUAUCUUGCCCCACGCCCAGGCUGGCCUGUGUGAGCAGAAAUCCUCCCUUCUAUUGCCAAAUAAAAACUCCACUGCUGAGGACUCCAUGUUAGAUGUGCCAUUAGUGAGAGCCCAGAUCAGAGGCUCAGAGAUAUUAGAAGCUGUCAGGAUACACAGACAAGGUUUCCCUGACCAUAUGCUGUUUGCCGAGUUCCACAAGAGAUUUGAGGUGUUACUGCCCCCUGAAAUGAGACCCAAUGGACCCACAGUAGAUGAGAAACAGGUCUCGGAGCAGAUCCUGCAGUUCUGUGAGGUGGAGAAGAAUAACUUCAAGCUAGGUCUCAGUCAGGUGUUCUUCCGUGCUGGUGUACUUGCCCAGUUGGAGGAUACCAGAGAUGGAAAGAUAGCUGACACUGUCAUAGCAUUCCAGAAGUUCUGCAGAGGAUACCUGGUUAGACAGAGAGUCAAGAAGUUACAGGUCCAGCACAUUGCCAUCAAGUGUAUCCAGCGCAAUGUGAGAAAGUUCAUGCAGAUCAGAGAGUGGUCUUGGUGGAAGCUGUACACCAAGGUGCAGCCUGUCCUCAAUGUGCACAGGACAGAGGAAGAACUGAAGGACAGAGAGGUGGGUACUCCUAAUACAUUGGCACAGUAA